CGCGUCGCUUCGCUUCUAAAACUUUUCCCACCGCGAUUAGCACUGAGUCACUGCAAUAAUCAGCAGUUCCUUACUGUAGUACGAAGUGUGAUGUAUACUUAAGCCUCUGACUAUAUAUAUCAGUAGAUCUCCCAGACCUUCUUCAGUCCGAUCCUUCUCUCUUGAUGCUAAGGCAUACGCUUCUUCUACUUGUCUUGCACGCGUCUCCUGUUCUUUAACAAUUCCCGAUCUUCCGCGCCCUCAAUUAUAUAUAGAACAGGUAUUAUAGCCAGAUUCAUUCGGAAUCUUUUUGCGCUUACGCUUAUGUCUCAUGACACGCCAACAAUGGCUGACAAAGACGACGAUUCCGGGAUGAAGCUGCGUGAGAUCAGCAGAUGCCACAAAAAGCCCAUCGUGAGACUUCUUCUCGACAUCCAAAAUUCCCAAAAGCCACAAGUAAAGGAUAUCGGGUUUCUGAAGCAUCUUGAAUGUUUUAUAUUUGAUGAGAAGAAUGAGCAGCGAUUGCGUCGGACCUGGAUUAACGUAUUUGAGGAGACGAACUAUGUCGCGCUAUCAUAUACUUGGAAUCCAUCCAACUAUGAAUGCAAAAACGAUCACGGUUAUAGGAUCCAGAAUAGGACAAGAGAUAAAUUUUUCUCAUCUCCAGUUCGGAAUUGCGUCUUUCAGCGCAUUAUGGAAUACAUGCGGGCUAUGGGGGUUGACUGCCUCUGGAUUGACAGGCACAGCAUCCCGCAAAAGGAAAAAGAGUCCCCUAAGAAACAAAAAGCCUUACAGUGUAUGGACUUGGUCUAUAAACUGAGCAAACAUCCCGUCGCAUUACUAGGCCGGGAGUUAGUGCCAGAUCGAGAAUUGACACUGCUAUACGAUGCUCUAACGGGGAGACUCGUCAUACGGAAAAAGAUGACCGAGGAACAGCACCGCAAGGUCAUUGAAACGCUGCAGUUGUUAUAUGAAAUCACAAAUGAUCUCUGGUGGCAACGAGCCUGGACAUUUCAGGAGAAUUACAGGGGAGGCGCAAAGAUGACCUUGCUCAUUCAUCAUCUACCAUCUGACGAAACAAGCAAAAUGGAAUAUGGAAUAUUUGGGGAGAUCCCAGGCGAGUUGAGUAUUAACUCAUCAGACUUUUCCAAGAAAGUGACAAGUCUCUGCCGGGAUAUCCAAAACACUCUGCCUCUGGUGGAAAAAAGGGAAAAGAUGAUUGAAUCGAUAUUGAGUGCGGCAGGAAGGUACACUACCCUACUGGACGAGUCACAGACUAUGUCUCCCACGAUCAUUGCGGACGUCGAGAAAAGAGGGGUUAAACAUGUUUGGGAUAGGCUUCCCAUCGUUGCCAAUUGUUGCAGCUAUCCUGUGCGGAUGGACAUUGAAAACCUGCGAAAGAGCCGACAUAGUGUCAGCUUAUCAAUGUUGACUAUGUGUCUUUUGAACGGCGAGAUUCUCAAUAAUGCGCUUUCAAACACGCAUAUAUCACUGGACACCACGACCUCGGUGUUUCUGAAGAAUCAGUUCUUCGACAAGAUAUCGUCUCCAGGAGAGGAAAAGAGCCUUACUUUCAACAAGGGCUGUCGGUUUAUCAAUGUGAAGCUGACUGAAAGCGGUAUUUUGACUUAUGGGCAUCUCUGGGAGAUGAAUCGCAAUAGGAAUCGCGUUAUCCGUACGGAUCAGUUCAGUAGGCGGCUCCCGUGGGUACAAAAUCCAGCGGGAGAUCUGACACGAACAGAACAUCAACACCUCACUCAACUCUGUCGACAGCUGAGGAACUUUCCUGACAGUAAAUUUCUUGCAUGUUCCAUUAAAACUUACUUGAAGAGAGAUGCAAGUGGAAACCCAGGUUUCAACUCCGGGGAGAAUUAUAUGCGUAUGAUGAUGAUAGAGGUGGCUUCGGCGAUUGAGGACGGGAAGAGAUUAGUGCUGGGACGUCUCAGUCAUUCGCGCGAGUACACGGCUAUCUUCGUCUGUUCGGGCAACACCACACCGCAUUUCAUCUUCACUUCCUCCCAACAUAGGCGUCUUGGAACUGAGAACCACAUCGUCGACGAUACAGACCGCCAUGUUUCUCUCGUGGUCGAUCGCCAGCUUGAGGCAGAAGAUAAUUUUGGAAAUCUGCCACAUUUAUAUGUCAAACGUUGGGUUUCGGGGAUUUCCUUUUUUGUGGGAUGCCGGAGGGAGAAGGUUAUUUUUCCAUGGCCUCAGGUUUUAAUGAAUGCUGUGCGAUAGGUAUUUGGUAGUAUGAAGCACUGUUACUCCUGUUGUAAUGACGGAUAACACGGGAUUGGCUGAAAUUAACGAUUUCCUGAAUAAAAAAUAACUUGAUUGGGUUCUUUGAGCUCCCGAUAGCCACAUCACAGACGAAAUUCUUUGCCCUGUAAAAGGGUCAUCAUAGGGAUUAAUCAGUACGACUUAUUGUGAGUCUUAAUUAUUAGUUCUAAGCCCGGGAUUUCUGUUGUUGUUAUAUACAAGAUAUACCAGGAUUAUAUUCUUUUUCGGCGGUCUGAACCAUCUACUUCGAUAGCUUCCCUAUCCAAUAGCUUAGAGUAAUUCUACUGCAGGUACCGCUAAUUCCGAAGUCUUUGAU